AUGAACAACUGGGACCCGAUGAAUUACUUGAACGAGGAGCCGAGCCCCCAGUGCCUGCUCAGAGUCAAGAAGGACAUUGCCGAAUUCAACGCGCAGCCUCCGCCAAGACUGUUCAUCUCGCCCGAAGAGAGCGACGUCACCCAAGUCCACGUUCUCAUGCUCGGAGCGCCCGGUUCGCCGUACGAAGACGGCUUCUUCCAGUUCUUCCUCAAGUUCCCGCCUAACUACCCGCUCAGCCCUCCCCGCGUACGGUUCCUUACCACGGACGGAGGCCGAGUUAGCUUUCACGUACACCUCUACCCCGGCGGGAAAGUCUGUGUGACCACCUUGGGCACUGGAGGUGGACUGUGUGACUGGAGCCCCGCGCAGUCGCUGUCGAGCACGCUGAUCUCUAUACAGUCGCUGGUGGGUGACAACGCGUACGACUGCGUCAGGAUCCAGUACGAGACGAUCCGGGUGGCCUUCCUGGAGUCGUACAGCAAGUACGAAGAUGCCAUCAAGGCGCGGCUCCAGACGGGCUCGAAGCUCGUGUACACCCUGUUCAAGUCCAGCCUGAUCAGUACCGCGCAGUACGAGAAGUUGCUAACACGACUGCAAAGCCUCAAGGAGAAGGUGGAGAAAAAGAAAGAGGCCGAAGCUGCCGAUGCGGCGGCUGCUGCUGCUGCUGAGAAUGAGAAAGAGAACUAG